CGGGUCAUCUUUAAAUACAAAGCUUAAUCUCCUAUUCCUAACUCUCUGUUACCCAAAAAUAACUAAAUAAACAUGAAGUUCCUUCUGGAACUAAUAGCCUGCUGUGGCUGUUCUUCAGGUUUGCCCCCACCUGAAGACAUCGGGCCUCUCGUUCCUGGCCCGGCCCUGCCGGCUAACCGGAAGAACAGAAGGCGAAGGAGAGGUAGAGGUGGACCAAUGAGUUCUGUUGGUUCAGUCCCUAGUAAUUGGAGGCCGUCACUUUCGGCCAUAUCGGAAGACAACGCUCUACCACCUAGGAAUGUGAAGAGAAAAGUCAUAACUACUUCCUCACCCGCCACUAAACCCCGUCGUAGUUGCGAGGACACCAGGAGAAUUCCAGUUUCAGCUUUGGCGCCAGCUUUCUCCCCAACUUCUUUUUAAUUUUAAUUUUAGACUACUCAACAAUCUUUUAUUUUCCUCUGUAACCUUUUGGGGGGGGGGGGGGGGAUCAUGUAUGCAUAUCCUGUAAAUGUUCUAUCU